GGGGGGCAGGCAGGCAGGCGGGGGCGGAGUGGGCGGCGGUAGCACCGCCUGGUUGCUCCUGGGAAACACCCUUUAGUUAAUUAUUUGCCUAUCAUGUGUGUUUUUUGAGCUGAGCUGGAGAAGUGCUCUGCCGGAGGGGUCCCUGCAGGGCAUAAAGCGGAGCUUCGGACCCGAAAUGCCCUUACGGAGGGGAGGGACUUUGGUACUGCACUGCACCGCACCGCACCAGGGGUAAUGUGAAGGCUGGGCGACUCUGCGAAAUGCAACCCGAUGUAAUUAAGGAAGGAUCAACGUUUGUCUAAUAAUGUAAAUGCACUGAAAGUUACGAUUGCAACGUAAUCAGCAGCGGCCGGGGUCUGCGCACCGGAGACGGCGUGGACAUCGGCACCAUGAUUCGAAGGGGACUGGACCGCUUGCUUGGGAGAGGUGAGGGGAGAGCAGACAGCCGCACAGUCUAUGUAGGACACGGAGCCUGGAGUCCUGCCCAGCCAUUCACCCCGCCCAGAUACUGUGACAACAGGAUUGUGUCGUCCAAGUACACGUUGUGGAAUUUCCUGCCAAAGAACCUGUUUGAGCAAUUCAGGAGAAUCGCCAACUUCUACUUCCUCAUCAUAUUCCUGGUGCAGGUCAUCGUGGACACGCCCACCAGCCCCGUUACCAGCGGCCUGCCCCUGUUCUUUGUCAUCACAGUGACCGCCAUCAAACAGGGCUUUGAGGACUGGCUGCGUCACAAGGCUGACAACGAGGUGAACAAGUACCCAGUGACAGUGCUGGAUGGUGGUCGAAGCACACGCAAGGAGAGCGAGAAGAUCAGGGUAGGGGACGUGGUGGAGGUGCUGGAGGAUGAGACCUUCCCCUGUGACCUGGUCCUGCUGCAGUCCAGUCGUGAUGACGGCACCUGCUAUGUCACCACAGCCAGCCUGGACGGGGAAUCUAACCACAAGACACAUUACACAGUGCCUGACAUAGAGACAGACCUACUACUGCUCAAUGCCACCUUAGAAUGUGAACAACCUCAGCCAGACCUUUAUAAGUUUGUCGGACGGAUGUACAUCAGGAGAGAAGGCCAGGAACCUGCAGUGCGGUCCCUUGGGCCUGAGAAUUUACUCCUGAAAGGAGCGACGCUGAAGAACACCAGUAAAAUUUCUGGUGUGGCUGUUUACACUGGCAUGGAGACCAAGAUGGCGCUGAACUAUCAGGGGAAGUCCCAAAAGCGCUCUGUGGUGGAGAAGUCCAUCAAUUGCUUCCUCGUGGUGUAUCUGUGCAUCCUGCUGAGCAAAGCCCUGGUCUGCACCACCCUCAAGUAUGUGUGGCAGAGACAGCCAGGGCAGGACGAGCCUUGGUACAACCAGAAGACUCAGAAGGAGAAGGACACUGAUUUGUACCUGAAGAUGUUCACAGACUUCCUCUCCUUCAUGGUGCUCUUCAACUUCAUUAUCCCGGUGUCCAUGUACGUCACUGUGGAGAUGCAGAAGUUCCUGGGCUCUUCAUUCAUCACCUGGGACAGGGAUUUCUAUGACCCACAGAUCCAGGAGGGGGCGCUGGUCAACACGUCGGAUCUCAACGAGGAACUAGGCCAGGUGGAGCAUGUGUUCACUGACAAGACGGGGACCCUCACCCAGAACAACAUGGAAUUCAUAGAGUGCUGCAUUGAUGGCUUCCAGUACAAGUACGGCAACUGUGCCUCUGAGCUGGACGGCUUCUGCGUGGAGGAUGGACCCGUGAACAAGCUGCAGCGCAAGGCGGGGAGGGAGAGAGAGGAGCUCUUCCUGCGAGCCCUGUGCUUGUGCCACACGGUGCAGGUGAAGGAGCCGGGGCCGGGCUUGGGGCCUGUGGACCAGGUGGACGCAGCCAGAGCGGUGGAAGAGCGGGGCUUCAUCGCCUCCUCGCCGGAUGAGGUGGCCCUCGUCAAGGGCGCCAUGAGGUUUGGAUUCAGCUUCCUGGGUUUGGACUGUAUGAAAAUGAAAAUACAGAACAGGAAUAAGGAGAUAGAGGAGUACGACUUACUGCACGUAUUGAACUUUGACCCAGUUCGACGCCGCAUGAGCGUCAUUGUGAAAAGCGAAGCGGGGGAGACGCUCUUGUUCUGUAAGGGGGCGGACGUGUCCAUUUUCCCACGUGUCAGAGAGGAGGAGGUCAUGCGGAUCCGGACCCACGUGGAGCGUAACGCCACGGAGGGGUACCGGACUCUGUGUGUAGCCUACAAGAAGCUGAGUACAGAGGCGUUUGCACAGGCAGAUGCCAGCCUCAGAGAGGCACGGCUGGCACUGCAGGACCGUGAGGAGAAGCUCCUGAACAUCUACGACCAGUUGGAGACGGGCAUGAAUCUAAUCGGAGCCACCGCUGUGGAGGACAGGCUACAGGAGGAGGCGACUGUGACCAUGGAGGCCCUGCAGAAUGCGGGCAUGAAGGUGUGGGUGCUGACGGGGGACAAGAUGGAGACCGCCAAGUCCACCUGCUAUGCCUGCCGGCUCUUCCAGAGGCGCACGGAGCUCUUGGAGUUGACAGUGCGCACCCUGGAGGCCGGAGGCCAGAAAUGUGAAGGGCGGCUCCACGAGCUCCUGCUGGACUACCACAGGAGGGCAGUGCAGGAUGCACCUCCUGCGAAGGGAGGAGUCAGCAGGAGCUGGUCCUCGGCCGUCCAGGACUACGGCUUCAUCAUCGACGGAGCCACGCUCUCCCUGCUGCUGAAGCCCCCGUCUAGCCGCUACACAAGCUUGUUCCUCGAGAUCUGCCAGAACUGCGCGGCCGUGCUGUGCUGCCGCAUGGCACCUCUGCAGAAGGCUCAGAUAGUGAGGCUGGUGAAGAACACGAAAGGGAGCCCUAUCACCCUGUCAGUGGGUGAUGGUGCCAAUGAUGUCAGCAUGAUCCUGGAGGCACACGUGGGCAUUGGUAUAAAGGGCAACGAGGGCCGGCAGGCCGUCCGGAACAGUGACUACGCCGUCCCCAAGCUGAAGCACCUGAGGAAGCUGCUGCUGGGCCACGGGCACCUGUACUACGUCCGCAUCGCCCAGCUGGUGCAGUACUUCUUCUACAAGAACCUCUGUUUCAUCUUGCCCCAGUUCCUCUACCAGUUCUUCUGCGGAUAUUCACAGCAGCCCCUCUACGAUGCCGCUUACCUGAUGAUGUACAACAUCUGCUUCACUUCCAUGCCCAUCCUGGCAUACAGCCUCUUCGAGCAGCACAUCUGUAUUGAAAUCCUGAUGGACAAUGCCAUACUGUACAGGGAGGUGGCCAGGAAUGCAUCCCUGCGCUGGGGGCCCUUCCUGCACUGGACGGCGCUGGGCAUCUACCAAGGCCUACUGUUCUUCUUUGGUGUCCACUGUCUGUUCAGAAACCCUGCCCUGCAGGACAACGGCCAGGUGUAUGGGAACUGGUCCUUUGGCACGAUAGUCUUCACAGUCAUGGUGUUUACAGUUACCCUCAAGUUGGCCCUGGACACGCGUCACUGGACUUGGAUCAACCACCUUGUCAUCUGGGGCUCCCUGGCCUUCUACGUGUUCUUCAGCUUUUUCUGGGGUGGCAUCAUCUGGCCCUUCCUCAAGCAGCAGCGGCUCUACUUCGUCUUUGCCAACCUGCUGAGCUCCGUGUCGGCCUGGCUGGUCAUCAUCCUGCUCAUCCUGCUCAGCCUGCUGCCUGAAGUUCUCUUGGUGGUGCUGCGCAAGCCCAGAGCCUCCCACAUACAACAGAUGAAGAGGCGCCUUCCGUCCUCGGGGAUGUCCACUGUCUUCAUGCUGUCUCAGACCGCCAGCACUCACAGCUUCUCCUGGAGUGACUGAGCUGAAGAUGCGUUCCUCGGCCCGGAAACAUCGAGACUUCCUUAGUAACACUGGUGUCAUAUAAGGACCAGAAUGAGCAUGAGCGUCCCACUGGGGCGGACCUAUGGAGAGCCAGCAAAAGGACCCCACUUCACAUGUGCCAGCUGUCCGUGACACUGCCUGAAUUGAAAUUCUUACAAAUGUAAUGACAUAAAUAAGCAAGAUGUCAUUGCUACUCAAACCCCCAGUGUCCCCCAAGGAUCAGCCCUCUGCAUGUGCUGCCCCGUUCACCACCACCAUCCCAUGAUGCAUUGCCUGCAUGUAUGCAAGGUUAUAUGGUCUUGUCUCCCUGCUAUGAGGGUACUGCUAUGUGAGUUUAUAUGAGCAAAUGAAAGAUGAAGCGCCACAUGGAGAAAGAGCAUUAUGCUGCCUUUUGGCGCCCCCUGCUGGGCUGGAGAAUAGAUGUCCCUCCAUUAUACUGAUUCUCUUUUGCUUUCCCUUGAAGUGUCUGUUUUCUGAGACUUAGGAAAGAUGUAUAUCAAGAAUGUCUUUAUAUGCUGAUUUCCAAAGUGGCAUGAAAAUGUUGCUUUUUGAGUGAAAGUGCAGAUUUGUGUCCAAGGGCAUAAGUUUGGUUUCAACACUGGUUGGGACAAAAUCAGCCCUGAAUCCCUACCAGAGGUGGAUAUUUCAGGUCCAGAAAGUAAAAAUCCUAACCAGGAGUUUAGAUUGAGUAUAAAGUCACAGUCACAGAAAACUCAACUGGUUGGUUGAAACAAAAUCUUUGUCUGGAUUUUUACUUUCUGGACCUGAAAUGUCCGCCUCUGACCCCUACCCCCCUAAACACACAUGGACUCCUGCAGGAUUGGUAGGGACGUGUCCCUACUGUCCUUACCGUAAUCUGCACCCUUGUUUGUCUGUCGUAACCUCCUCUUAAUGGAAGGCUGAGAAUGUUCAGAUAAGUAGCGUGUAAAGGCACAGAAUUGUUUUUGGUUCAGGCCAUAGUAUUUCUCAAUAUGUGUUUUUAAUGACCAGUACUCAAUACAUUCCUGUUUUUGUACAUGGAAGCAUGAGAACAUAGCCUGUGAUUUUGGGGAUUGUUAGCCAAUCACGGGGUGUGAAUUCAGCCUUCUCCCGUUUGACCUAAAUUCCUGCUUAAAACCGUUGAGUCUUUCCAAGGAAAUCUGCUAUUGCAAAAGUUUGCGGGAAGUGAUGCCAAGUGGAUUGAAUCCUGUGUGUGUGUGUGUGUGUGUGUUUGGGGGUGUUGUGUGUGGAUGGUUUAGGUCUGGACAGCAGGGGGCGCCUCUGAAUUAGCUGUACCUCCACACCCUGAAGAUAAUGGUGAGGGAGCCUUUAGCCAACAGCUUGUAAUUGUUUAAAUUUUAAUUGGCUUUUUAAAUGAUUAAUUAGUGGAUGACAUUAAGUGCAGGUUUUUGAUGACCUCCUGGGUUGGUUCUUACAUAGAUACCUCGAAGGCAGUGCUGGACUCAGAAUACAGACUACACUGGGAUCAGGUGGGGCUCUGCAUCUGGGGGCCCUCCAGCUAAUUUGUAUGAUGAAAACACACAUUUUUACAGGGUGCAAUACUUUGUGUAAUUACAGCAUCUACAACUAUGAUGUAUUUUUGAACAGCUUUUUUUCUGACUUUACAUCCCUAUUUAAAUGUUUAAUUCUUAAAGAGGCAUGAUGGACAAUGCCGCCUCCAAUCUGCACUGAGCCUGUGCCGCUGGCCCCGCCCUCUGCUCUGAGCCACUGAUGUGAAUGUACCCUUUAAGGACCACAAGAUGCAAAUUUCAAAGACUGUUUCUAUAAUAAAAAUACCAAAAAUAA